GGUCACAGAGGGGUUGCGCUGCGCUGGCGGUGUUUCCAGCUCUGCCGCUGCGGGGUUUGUGUUGCUGGAGAUUGGCCGCGGGUCGGGUCGCGUCGUCGUUGUCCAUGUCUCUUCACCCUCUCCAUUUACUAGUCUGUGUGUAAGGAAAAAAAUGUAUCUCCCCUAGCCGAGUCCCGCCGUUAGAGAAAAAAAAACACACACAAAAAAAAAACCCACCCGUACACACCGAAGAGACGCUUUUGUGAUCAAGGAGGGGGAAAAAAAACCAGAAAGAGCAAAAAGAAAAAGUCGAAUUCGUCGCCUUGAUCCGAACAAAAGGGGAAAAAAAAAGUCCGUCGUGUUUUGUUUCUGGGCCCAGAGAACAAAACCGAGUAAGAACAACAAGAAAAGGCAGUUCCGUUCAAAACAAUAAAUAGUAGACGACGUUUGAUUCGCCUUUUCUUUGGGUGGGGGGUGGGGGGAAAAGAGAGAAAAAAAAAAAAGUCUGAUUGAAGAGAAAGAGAGGAUCGGUUUUUUUUGUCCCUUCUGUUUGAGCCAGCCGAUGAGUCCAGGAGAAGAGUUGAUCAAAAUGAAAACUGAAAUCACAACUGCCGUGGGCUUUAUCACCAGACUGCUGAGGACGACAGGGCUCAUUUCUGACGAACAGCUCCAACAUUUCACCGAGUCGUUGGAGAAAGCUUUGGCAGAACACUACCGACAUCACUGGUUUCCUCACAUGCCCUGCAAAGGAUCGGGCUAUCGAUGCAUUAGGAUCAACCACAAAAUGGAUCCUCUGAUAGCAAGGGCGUCCAACAUCAUCGGGCUCAGCAGUCGACAACUUUUUCAACUUUUGCCAAGUGAAUUGACUCUGUGGGUCGACCCGUUCGAGGUGUCCUACCGAAUAGGUGAAGACGGGUCCAUUUGUGUUCUUUAUGAAAAUGUACCUAGCAGCGCGAUCUCCCCCUUGGAUAGUAUGAUAAGUUGCAAGGAUGAAUUUAGAAUUGGUAGAUCGAGUCCCUCUAAGAGUUACAUGAUGACUGUUUCAAGUUAAUAAUCCAUUUACACAUACAACUGUUAUUGUACAGUAUGCAGGCCCCUUUGAUAAUGUAGUGAAAUGUUGAUCCCUAGUUAACUUUUAGUGCGACUGCCAAAACCUUUGUUUGAUGUGGCCAGUGGCUAUAUGCAAAACUGUUUUUGCACCACAUUAAAUUCCUGGAUUGUAUAUUGUAAAAACAUGUACAGUCAAUGGAUAAUUGUGUUUUACAGAUUUAUAUUUUAAAAAUAAACCAUGGCUGUUUGUAAUAAAACAUCAAAAUGAAUCCAUAUGAUGUGUUCAGGAUGUCUUUUAAUGACUAUGAACUGAUUUGAUAAAAUAUCUGCACAGUCUAUGAAUUGAUACUUUAAACAUUGCCGUUUUUUAAAAACUGGUCACCAUAGACGUGAUCUCUGAAUUUAGAGAUAAUAUAUGUGGUCCACUUAAUGAUUGCAUGGUACAGUUUACUGAGUUUGACUUCUUUUAUUUCUUAUUUUGGUAUGUUGCAGGAACAGUACUGUACGUUUUUUCUUAAAUAAUAAAGUACUUUGUUCCACCUAA